AUGGCCGGCCCCGUUCCCACCACGUCCUCGCUCGCCGACAUCUACACCGAAGAUGCCCUCCCCGUCCAGACGAAGCGCUGGUCCUCGCUGCUGUCGCAGUUCGAGGCCGAGUACGGCCACCCCGCCGCCGUCGUCGCCCGCUCCCCGGGCCGCGUGAACAUCAUCGGCGAGCACAUCGACUACUCGCUCUACUCGGUCCUGCCCAUGGCCAUCACCGCCGACGCCAUCCUCGCCUUCUCCGUCACCGACACCCCGGCCGACUCCGACACCUUCACCCUGCGCGUCGCCAACGCCCAGUCCGACAAGUACCCGGCGCGCACCUUCGAGGUGCCCAUCGCCGGCGACGUGCCCAUCGACGCCAAGGUCCACGAGUGGUCCAACUACUUCAAGAGCGGCCUGCGCGGCGCCCUCGGCCUGCUGCGCCGCAAGCACGGCGCCGCCUUCCGGCCCAAGGGCAUGGAGAUCCUCAUGGACGGCAACGUCCCCGUCGGUGGCGGCCUCAGCUCCAGCGCCGCCUUCGUGAGCGCCUCCGCCCUGGCCGUCAUGCUGGCCAACGGCGAGCAGACGGUCGACAAGACCGAGCUGACGGAGCUGGCCAUUCUCCGCGAGCUCAUCGCCGUCACCAAGGACACCCUCACCAACCCCGAGGGCUACACCCGCGAGGAGAUCGCCGGCGUCCUCGGCGUCUCGCCCGCCGAGCUCGAGCAGAUCUUCAUGUCCAAGCUCUCGGUGCGCGCCGACCGCUUCAAGCUGCGCCAGCGCGCCCUGCACGUCUUCGAGGAGGCCCUGCGCGUGCUGCAGUUCAUGAAGGUCCUCGAGCAGGAGGCCCCGGCCCCGGCCUCGGCCUCGGGCGCCGCCGCCGCCGACACGACCGCCUACAACCAGCGCCUCGGCGCCGUGCUCAACGCCACCCAGGACUCGUGCCGCGACCUGUACGAGUGCAGCGCCCCCGAGAUCGACGAGCUGUGCCGCAUCGCCCGCGACAACGGCUCCUACGGCAGCCGGCUCACCGGCGCCGGCUGGGGCGGCUGCACCGUCCACAUGGUGCCCGCCGACAAGGUCGCCGCCGUCACGGAGGCCUGGGAGAGGGAGUACUACUCCAAGCGCGAGCUCACCGCGGAGCAGAGGGAGGGCGCCGUCGUCGUGAGCCGGCCGGGCAGCGGCAGCGCGGCCUACCUGCUCAAGGACGGCGGUCUGUAA